AGUAUUCGAUCGGGUAAAGGUAUUCAUGAAAUGAAGCUCGCGUUUGUCUGUCCUAGGCGUAUUAUAACUUAAGAGUAACGUUGUCACGUAAUUGAUACCGAACAUGACGUUAUAGCGAGCCUACGUAACGUUAUGCUGUGACCUGAGACCGAACCCAUCGGGCAGGAAAAGUUGUCUAACUAUAUCACAUUGAAGCAUCGCCAACUCUGUCUUCUUUCUUUCUUCGACUUUGAUAUGCUCGCAAAGAAAGAGCCGAGAGCUUAGCUUAUAGAACUACUCGGCCCAGGCACAGGCUUAUCGAGGGAGCCGCGUUAUCGACGAUAGUUGGGCGCUCAUAAACUGUUGCCAUCAUUUCAACGUGCAUACACUGCAUCUUAGUUACGACCAGACAAAAUUUGUUCAACGAAUAACUAUCGAUCGUUCGCGGCACUUUGGCAUAGUCUACGUUUGUUCGCCAUCAGACUUGGUAGCCCCGGUGGAAAUAGAAUUCAAUAAACACGCUAUUAAACGAUACGUUCCGCGAUGUUCGUCACAGGGACGCUGAUGAUCGUGGUGGUGGUGUUGCUACUGAUUAAUCUGGCGAUCAAGCUAAGAUCGGAAGAACAUCCGCCAGGUCCAUUCCCGUGGCCGUUUAUCGGCAACUACUUUUUACUGAAACGUCUCGCACGUGAACUUGGAGGACAGCACUUGGCCUUCUCUGAACUUUCUAGGCGAUACGGCAGCGAAGUGAUAAACUUGAAUCUCGGUAUCAGCAAGAUGAUAGUGGUAUCCGGAAGCAAGUCUGUCGAAACGGUGUUGGAAAGCGAGGAAUUCGACGGACGACCUUGGAACGAGUUCAUCAAAAUGCGAAAUUUCGGAAAGAAGCAAGGCGUAACGAUGAACGACGGACCGCAUUGGAAGUUCCUGCGCAACUGGACCAUGCGGACCUUGAGGUCCCUCGGCUUCGGGAAGUACGGCAUGUCGGAGAUGAUCAAGGAGGAGCUAACGAUCGCGUUGGAGAGUUUGAAGAAGGGAGGCGUAUAUCGAUUGAAACCCGUGAUCAGUCCCGUCGUGAUAAACGUCCUGUGGAGGCUGUCGACUGGAGCGCGCUUCAGCGAGAACGCGAGAUUAGAGUACUUCGUCGACUUGAUGGAACGUCGCGCGCGAGUUUUCGACAUGGCCGGAGGGAUUCUCUCAAUUUUCCCAUGGAUUCGUUACGUCGCGCCCGAGGCGUCCGGUUACAAACUUCUCGUCACGCUGAACACCAAGCUCAAGGAAUUCCUGAUGGAAGUCAUCGUCGAACACAAAGAGAAGUACGUCGCGGGGAGCGAGGCGGACCUGAUAGACAUGUUCAUCCACGGGAUGGUCAACGAGAAAGGAGAGGAUCCCAUCUUCACCGACGAUCAAUUAGUGAUGAUAAUGGUCGACCUCUUUCUCGCUGGCGUCACCACUACGGAGACCACUUUGGAGCUCCUUUUUCUGAACAUGGUGGUGCACCAGGACGUCCAACGGAAGCUUCAACAGGAAAUCGACUCCGUGAUUCCACCUGACAGGCUUCCUGACUUGUCCGACAUGCCGAAGCUUCCUUACGCGAGGGCUGUGAUGACCGAAACCCAACGUCGCUGGACGGUGAUACCAGUGAUCGGACCGCGUCGCGUUCUACAGAAAACGAGACUCGAGAACUACAGGAUACCAAAGGACAGCACCGUUUUGAUAAACCUGAACUCCGUCCACAUGGACCCCGAUAUCUUCCCCGAUCCAGAGAAAUUUCAACCGGAGAGGUUCCUCAAAGACGGAGAAUUCGACAACGCCCCAAACACUUUGUUCUUCGGAAAAGGAAAAAGGCGCUGUCCCGGCGACGUGUUGGCGAAGACGGCGUUGUUCCUUCUGUUCAUCGGUGUGAUGCAAAAGUAUUCCCUGCUUCCGGUUCCUGGUAAAGGACCGACGUCCAUAGAAGUAACUUCUGGCAUAUUGAUCUCGCCCAAGCCGUACGAGAUAUUAGUCGUGCCACGAACAAAUAAUUAAUCCGA